AUGUGUCAUUCCAUUUUGUUUUUAGGGACGAUUCCGCCGCCACGGGUAGAGUGUAAAGAUAUCGCUCCGAAUGAGAAAGUGGGGUGCCUAGUACCGGAAAAUACAAACAUGACCACGUGUCUUUUUCUUGGAUGCUGCUGGAAUAAUACGAAAGCAGAUUCUGCAAAGAAAUGUUACACCAAAAGGUAAAAGAAAACAAAGUUACUUUUAGAUAAGAAGAGACGGCAGACACGUUCCAUAAUCGAAGGUAUGAAAUUAGUAAAUUUGUCCUGUUCCCUUUCAACUCUUUCAUCUUUAACAAAUAGCAACCUCUGAUUUCUCCUAACAAUAUCACCUACUGAAUCCCACAUAAAGGUGAUAAGAAUUAAAGAAAUGAUCACCAACUUACGAAGUUCUUGAUUGUCAAACUCAUUCUCCUUGUGAGCAACGUAGGAAAUAUACAGAGAACAGUAUGGAGAAUAUACACACUGAUGUUGGGGUGUAAAGGCUUAAUUCAAGACGAAACAAGAAAAGAAACGAAAACAAAACAAAGAAAACAUAAACAAACUGAAUAAAAAAAGAUAGUUACACAAUUCGCAAAAAUAAUUUUUUUUAAAUCGGUGUGAGUGUGGGGAACAUUAGUAAGGAACCCACACUGUCGCUUUUCUCUUCCAGAUUUUUAAUUUUUUUAGAUCCUUUCGCAUACACAAAAAAUUAUAUCUCAGACUGACUCAAACGCUCCAAUCAAUUGUUCCUUUAUCUUAUGGACACGUCUUGAUCAAACGUAAGCUGAUUGGCUAUGAAAAUCUUUCAGACAAAAGAUAAAAAAAUUCAUUCAUUAGAGCAGACAGAACGUACGCUUGAUUUCCGGCCAGAUAUUCCACAAUCAUUACAACUUUAGCUUAAAUCAAUACUAAUUAUCCUGUUUCCGACAUGAAGAAGCAGGAAGAGUUUGGUCUCAUUUUGUGCAAAACUGUUCAAAACCAACCACGCUUAUGAUUCUACUCCAAAAUGAAUCUUAGCACAGUUAAUACACGAUCUCGCAAUUCAGUGUCAAGUUACGCAAAAUUGGCAAGUGAAAUUACAUUUGAACUGCCCAAAGGGAAGAAGAAAAGUUAUUGCACGUAGAGUCAUAUUGAUGGUGAAGCAUUUCUUUUUUAAAAAACAUUUAUUGCCACAUGUUAACAGGUACAUUAAAUCCACCCAGAUAUUUACGUCGUAUCGAUGAACAACUGGUGUAGAAAAUGAAAACAGUCAGGAAUAUUUUUGUUUCGAAGAAAAGCACGAUGAAAUGAGGAUAGUAGAAUGACAAAGUUUCAUAUCUGAAGCUCCCGUGGCGCAAUGGACUAGCGUGUUGGACUUCUAAUUCAAAGGUUGUGGGUUCGAGUCCCACCGGGGGUGGAUUACUUUUUAUUUUCCCUGAAAGUAAGUGUUAUAACAUAUUUAGAAUUUCGAGUUAGCCAAUUUUUCCAACUUUUUUUGAGCCAAAAUUUCUUUCCUUGACUCACCGAGUGGUAUUUUAGAGGGGAAAUCCUGCGACUUGUAUACCAAAAAUAUGCUAAAUAGUCUUGCGCGUGCUGGUUGGAUACGUUGCCAUUGGCCUGUUGAUGGCCUCUGUUUAGACGACGAAAUUCCAUGUUCAUGAAGGAAUUUUGUUGUUCUCAAGAUGUAGUGGCUGCGAUGAAAUCCUUUUGAGCGCAUAUUCAUGGUCUUCUUACUCCGAUGGCUUUGACUUUCCACGCAUUACCUUAUAAAGUAUUAUUCUCCGCUGGGAUCAAAGCAAUAUUGCAAAGAACUGACUACGAUGUUAUUAACACUUGUUUCUGUAUCUCUCUUUGUACUUCCCCUAUGAUUGGUCAAUUUAGCUGACCAUAUUUCACAGAACGGCCCGCUGAAUUCCAAAUUUUGUGUAAAUUGAAAUUCUAUCCCUCCAUUUGGACCCAUUCUUUUCCGGUCGGAUUUAAGGCCCGCGCGCUUCGAACCUGGGCCAUAAAUUCUAGUAGACAAAAAAAAUUUGGGUCCGUAACUUACAGUACUCAAUUGAUAAAAAGUAAAAAUGGCGGUUUGAUCAAGAUAUAGGAAGUUCAGUACUAACCUAUUUCUAUUUUUUCUUUGUUUAGAGGAGGAUCCUGCAUGCCUUAUCGAGGAAAAGUUUGCCAAGUGUCAUUCAACUCGACCCUCUCAACUUACCGCAACAGUAGACGUUUCUUUGACAACAAAUUUGGCUUGCCAGCCACCGAAGAAUUUCUUACUAGGGGUGUAGAAAUAAUCAACCAGCUUGUGAAGGACGACGAAAAGUGCAGAUACAUCUUAAUAAAUAUGCUUUGUCAUUAUACUGUGCCUCCAUGUUACUCAGAUGACACAGACAUGAAGUACUGUAGGGAGGACUGUGCGGCCAUUUUCAAGGAAUGUAGAACCCCCCUGAAUCAAGUGAUUGGUGCCGUGACGUUGCAUGUGGCAGCGGAAAAGAUUGAUUUUAUACAUACAAGUCUACCGAACUGUUCCGGGCACCAUAAGGAAGAACAUUUUGAAGAAAAACCAGGAAAGAUCUGUAUCAAGACAGGCUUUUUUAGUAAGUGAACAUUUAUUAAGUAAUAAGAAACUUUUGAUGUGACAUCAACUUCUCCGUGUGUUGCACAAGGAAUAUAUAUAUAUAUAUAUAUAUAUAUAGCAAUUUGGCAGAAUCUCGCAGUCUCAUGAAUUCCCUAAGGCUUUUCCAGCGCCCACUAUCAUGCGUAACUAAAAAUUUAUAUAAUAUAGUAAUCCAUUGAUAGCGGUGUUUUUAGAGAGCAAAAUAAAAUAUUUCGUGAAAGUCAAGCAGAAGCAAAGUAGUUCUUAAGAUUUAGAAUAUUGUUCAGCCAUGGCAAGUGGUUAUAACAUAUUUUCCAUAACUGUAGAAAUUCUCGCAAGCUCAUCGGUCGAGAAUUAUUGUAAAUAAGGUUAUACGCGAUAAAAAUGACGUGGCAUGUAACGCAACGCUCGGCAAUCCUCGCCAUGUCGGAGAAAACACUUAUCUCGUUAAAGUAAUUGAAAUUUUCUGAGAUAUUGACGGUAAGAAACUUCCGGAUUUUAAGAUCGAUAUACUAAGAAAAAAGUCUGAAGAAGAACUUGUCGAGAAGGAAGAAAAAGCGGGGGAAAAUCUUCAGAGUUCUGUUCGCAAAGUUGAUAGAUGGACAACCUCAUAGAAAUACUUGCCGAUACCGUAGCAAACGGCGCAAAAUUUUUAAACUACGUGGGCAAUAAAAAACCUAUUCGGGGCUACAGAGUAUAUUGCCAUCCAUUUCUUACUGGUAUUUCACUGUACAAGUUAUUACAUAACUCAAGUUAAAACAAACAACAAAGCAAGGAUCGAUCAUGUCACGCGCGCGUAAUUUUUCGAAAACUUUGGCAAAAAAAUUUCAGUGUUAUUGUAAAAAACAAAUCGAUUACAAUUUUCUAUUGUCUAUAAUCUUGUUAGUCAUAGAAAUGACGUCAACAAUACUCAAAAUUGUGCAGUGAAACCACUCGAUUGCCCUUCGUGGUUUCACUCUAGUUUUGAACAUUGUUGAAUUCUUUUCUACGAUCAAUAGGGUUGUAGACAAAGGAAAAUUGUGGUCAAUUUGUUAAGCUGAAUCUAUAGCCUGUUAAUAGGGCUGCCGCCCGUGGAAAGAUUUGAGAAAGUUAAAGACCUGGCACUAAUAAAAAGCCUUAUUAUCAGUGCCAGACCCCUGGCAGACCUCUCGCCUCAGGGCCUUAUACUUUCCCGCGGUCGCGCUAAAAGUGAGGGCCUGCUCGCAUUGAAUCUUUAGAAAUUAAAUUGCAGUUUUUUCGCUUUUUUGAAAUACCAUCAUUGAUGUUUCAGCUUUGUGUGAUUUUUCCGGAGUAAUAUAUAGUGAUAUUUUAACCAUGCAGAGAGAGCAGAGUCUGGCAGUUAUUUUAAAAUAUUUACAGUAAGUCAUUUUGAUUGGCACAGAGCAAGUACUUGUAAACUAAUAUUCAACCAUAGAAGUUAACCCCCCCCCCUUCCCAAAGGAGAAACGAUAGGUACGGUAGAAAAACGCCUUCUCGUACAUUAGAUGUUAAUUUGCAGAUACAGAUGUUAGUCUGCUACAGUACAACUAUUUCAUUGCAGACAAUUUUCGUUUCAACCGAUCCAAUAAGUCGACCUAAUCUGUGUUUUUCUUCUCCUCAGAUUACACAGAGACCACGAUGGCUGCAAACACUGAGAAACCAACCCCACAACCUGGUAGUAAACUGGGAAUUAUCCUUCCAAUUGUCAUAGUUGGCCUUUGUAUUAUUUUGUUAUGUGUCAUCGUGGUCGUUCUUCUUCGAAGACGUCAGAAAAUGAGGGACGCUGUGGAUAAUGGGCAUGCGCUAUCCCACAAAGGUUCCAUCACCAUGAGGGACAGGUUACGAGCGGAGUCCCUGAAGAGCCUGGACUCGCGCUUGUUAGGACUUUAUGACCCGAAAAAACUGAGGCAAUACAAUUUGGACCAUGUACAGUACGUGAAAGAUUUGGGAGAAGGUUUCUUUGGAAAAGUUUUUCAAGGUACUCUCUACCUAAUUAAAAAUUCUACAAGUUUAUUUCAUCCUUUGGCUCUGUGUAACUCUUUGCGCAUGUCUUCCACAUACCCUCUUUUUAAGAACUGGAAUCAAUUCAUUAGUUAUUUUUAUCCCAUUGAAUGUGUAACGAGAGUGAGGAGCUGGAGAUGAGAAUGAGGCGUAUAUCCCCAGUCCCCUCAAGUUUUUUCCUCAAAAUUUUUUAAGAGUAUUGUACCUUAACAACGCAAUUUCACAAUGAAUGUUCACUCGCGUAUCAGUUUUAUUCCUUGAAUAUUUGGUGGAGACAAAUUGAUAGGUUGUGGAGAUAUUACGGGGGACGUGAGGUAUGGCCCUGAACUUAAGGAGGACAGGAUAUGUCACAGAACAUUGAAAUACUCAAAUCGAAGAUGUAGUAUGACUCAAUAUGCCGAUUAGGAUCACAUCUGGUUUUUCAAAUCAUAACAUCAAGACAGCAGAAAGAGAGGUCUUGUAAAGCACAAAAGAUGUUUAAGGUACAACAACCAAAAACAAAAACAAAAACAAAAACAAAGCAACGAGGAAUAGUUUUGUUUCGAAGAAAAACACGAUUAAGUAAAAUUAACAGAAUGAAGAUAAAGGACAAAACAAAAAAUAAACAAGGGAAAAAAAAUGGAAGAUAGUCACACAAUUUCCCAAGAACAAUUUUUUGAGAACGAUGUGAGAAGAUAGGAAGGGUUUAAUCUCACUUUGUGCAAAACUCUUCGAUAGAAACCAUACUCGUGAUUCUGCCUGGAAAUGAAUCUUAGCAUCUCGCAAUGGUCAAGUUUCGCAAAUGAUCAAAUAAAACUAUCUCAACUGCCCAAAGGGAAGAAAUAAUAUCAUUGCAUGUAGAGUCGCAUUGAUAAAGAAGCAUUUCUGUUUUUUUACAAUUUAUUGCCACAUGUUAACAGGUACAUUAAAUCAACCUGAUGUUUACGUCACGGCAAUCAAUAAUUGUUGUAGAAAAUCAAAGCAUCGAGGAUUAUUUUUGUUUCGAAGAAAAACACGAUGAAAUAGCUUUAAUAGAAUGAAGGACAUUGGUAUCUUAAGCCCCCGUGGCGCAACGGACUAGCGUGUUGGACUUCUAAUUCAAAGGUUGUGGGUUCGAGUCCCACCGGGGGUGGUUUUUUUUUUCCUUUGGCAUAAUAUAUGACUGUUAUUUCUUAAUUGGAUGUUUCCAAUCAACCCGAAAUGAAUAUAAUCACAAAUUUAGGAAUUGUUCAUGUCAUCUCAUUAACUCUUUAGAGGCAAAUUCCUUUGCUAACUUUGGCAUAUAGAGACUCGUGUCGACUCCCAUUUACAUUUUAGGUCACGCUUCGGGUCUGAAUGAUAAACAACCCAAAAAGGUUAUUCCUGUGGCGGUGAAGGCGCUGAAGGACGAAGCGUCCAAGGAACAGAAAGAAGAGUUUUACCGAGAAGUAACUCUGAUGUCCAUUCUUACACACCCAAAUAUUGUUCAGCUUCUAGCUGUGUCAACCGAGGAGGAACCCUAUGGAAUGCUGUUUGAGUUCAUGAGUGGCGGGGAUUUGAAGCAAUAUUUGAGGAAUGCACUACCAGCGGAAACAUCGCUUGAAUCCAGCGAGAAAGGGAAAGGUAGGUUUUGCCAUUGACCCAGUCGAGGGAAUGGAGCAAGCUUACCAUGUCUUGCGUAGAGGUGUUGCUGUUUAAGAAUGCAAAUGUACCACAACUCUAACGCGAUAUAUAUGAUUUAACGCCAACUUCAAACGCUCGGUAAUUUGCGUUUUAGUAACUCGACAUGCUGCGUUCACGUUGCGCUAAAUUAAUGGGACAAUACAUUUGUGAUUUUCGCCAGCGAGCCACACAUCAAAACUAGUUUUGCUCGGGUCUAGUGACUUCACUGCGAUAGAAAUCUUUGUCUAUACCGGUAUUAAUUUCGAGAUUUAGGCAAUCGAAUUUCCGGUUUUCGUACAAACUCUUAUUGCCCGUGAUAUAAUUGUAAUCUAAUAGGUGAUCAAACUGCCUGGUAUUCUUUUGAUGCACACAUAGUGGCAACAACUCAAAACCGGCAAGAAAAACUGAAGAACUUGCAAACGGUAGAUCUUCAACUUAACUGUGCCUUCUUGUCUUCUUUUUCGUCAGUUUAUCUCUCUCAAGAAUCCCUUGUGUCUGCCGCAACCCAGAUCGCUGCUGGCAUGCAUUAUUUAGCCGAGAUGAAAUUUGUUCAUAGGGACUUGGCGACAAGGAACUGUUUAGUUGGAGAUGACUUCGUUGUGAAGAUUGGAGAUUUUGGAAUGUCACGUGAUAUUUAUACUACAGAUUACUAUAAGGUAUGCUAAACAAACAAGUUUUCUUGUAGAGAAAGAUGUUUUCUCAUCUUGUCAAGAGCGUAGGACCAGCAAAAAAUUCUGAGUUCUCAUGACGAAUUGAACCUCACACCUUCGAAUCCCGCACUCCUAUGCUCUACCACUGAGCCACAGAGACUCUAUAUUGAGCAAGGCACAUUACGAAGUUUAUAUAUGACAUGGGUCCUGCAUACUACUAGGAUCAGCAAUGUCAUUAGCGUCAUAUUUUAUAUAUAGAAUAAGAAAGCUGUUUAGAUUUGAGCUCGUUAAAGAAAUAGAGAGAGUUAAAGUUGUUAGACGGUUUUAGCUAAAGCGUUUACAUCCGCGUCCAAUCCAGAUCGUGUGAUGAUUCAUUCACGAGGAUACCAUUGUUUUCCCUUUAUUUUUCUUUAACCAGAGAUGUUUGUCAAAUUGCACAUUUUAAGCAUCCCAAAGGAAUCAACGUAAAAUUUAUCCUUUGAUCUGUACGAGUCACUAGCAUCUGAUUUAUCCUUAUAAUAUCACACAUUGAGGUAACACAUGGAGGUCAGGAGGACGAAGCAAAUGAUCACUUAUUAAAGAUGCUUUUUAUCGUUAAAGAGAUCAUCCCUGUAGGCACCAUACAAAUUUAUGGAGAACAAUUUGAAGAACAUGCAUGUCAGGGUGUAAUGGGUUAAGAUCUAAACUGGGUGGCAAAAGGACGUAAACACGUUUACCGAAUACUUCUAUUGUCGAAAAUUUCAAGGGAAUUAUGAGCGAGGCCCUGCAUUAGAGUCUGAAACUCAGUGUUAAAAUGUUUACAAAAAACAUACAUUCAUCUAUUUCUAUUUAAUUUAUUUUAAAUGCUGUAAAACAAGUUAAGAAUGAGUUAAUUACCAUGGUUUAAAUCUGCCGCUCGUAUGAUAAUCGGAAAUUUUGAAAACCCGCGUGUAUUUUGAAGCUGUUUCCGCCAUUGUUUCAAAGUGGCCUUAUACGGUCAUUGAUUAUCAUUUAACAAAGCCUGCUGUAAUCUAAGUUGAUCCACUUUUCUUGGUAAGUAAAGCCAAGCAGGGAACAUGAACUAGUCCGAGCGAGGAAAAGAAACAACAGAAAAAAUAAGGAGAUAUGUAGUUAACUUGGUGCAAGGAUGGGAAACAACAUAAAAUGUGGCGUGUUGGAAGAAAUUUAAACAUGUGAUUCUGAAUGCAUGGGAAAUUGACGGAAAUGUUUGUUAGAAUUAGUCCAAACUCUUCGCCAAGUCUUUCAAAAUAUUUCAUAAGUCUCAAGUCUUAGACAGUUUUUUUAUCUUUGCAUACUUUCAGAUGAGUAAAGAAACAUUGUUGCCCAUCCGCUGGUUGGCUCCUGAAGCUUUUCUGUACGGCAAGUUUAGUCUCCAGUCGGACGUAUACGCAUAUGGUGUGGUACUCUGGGAGAUUUUCACGUUUGGUUUUCAGCCGUAUUAUGGUUAUACUAAUAAAGAAGUGAUGGAAUUUAUUCAAAAGGUAUUGUACUCAUCGGAAAAAAAACCUUUCAUUUCUAUGAGAAUUUGCUGCAUUUUUUUAAACAGAUGUUUGUGAACCAUGAGGUAGGGGCGUCCCGCUAGUUCCAUGUAGGGGAAUACCGUAAGGUUUUCUUUUCAUUUGAAAUUGUCACUUCUUUGGUGUUGCUGCUUCCGAUCACCACUUCACUAUCCAUCACUCUUGUAACUGACCCAACCAUUCAACCAGCGGACUUACAUUUACCUCUUUUAUGAAUCUCUGUCUAUCUGUAAGUCUUUUUAUCCGUCUGUCUGUCCUGUCUGUCUAUCUCACUCAGUCUGUCUUUCCAUUCUGCAGGUCUAUCUGUCCGUCUACGUGUCCGUCUGGCCAUUCAUCUGUCUGUUAGUCGGCUUGUCUAUCUGCCUUCCUAUCCGUUUGUCAAUCUGUUCGUGUGUUCGACCGUCCGUUUCCGUUUGUUCAGCUCGCUAUCCACUAACUGAUUCAGUUACUAACUUGUUCCUUCGAACAGGGUAUUCAUUUAGGGAAACCAGACAACUGUCCGGACUUCGUAUAUGCUAUAAUGAAAGAUUGUUGGAAAAAAGAACCAGAGAAGCGUUUGGAAUUUACAGCUAUAGGCAUGCGUCUAAAAGACCCUUACCACGUCUAUGACAUGCCUCCCGCUUCAGAAUCUGAGGAAGAACUCGAGCAAAGAGAGGAAGCAAAAGAAGGCGACGAGAUCUUGUCAUCAGGUAUAUUGCAAUUCAAGUAAUGGGGGGAGGAAAAGGACACUGCUGUCGCCGCAAAAACCGGAUUUAAGCACUUGGAGUCAUGAGCCAUGUGUGCCUUUAUUGAAACAUUCUUCUACCUUUAGUGGAAGUUGCGCCUCCUUAAAUUACGCGCAAACAGAUACACUUACGUUAUCGUUGUCCUAAUUUCAGAAACUGGAAACUACGACAUCCCCAGAAAUUCUGCCUCAAGUGAUUACGACAUCCCGCGUGCGAUAACGCUAGAGUCAGAUUACGACGUGCCGAGAUCAAACGAAGAUAUUCGAAUGAGCACUGCCGAUAACGACGACGACGACGACGACAACGACGACGAGGACAAAGAAGCUCCGAAAGAUGUUCCAGUUUGA